UUGGGCGGAGCAUGAGAAGGGCUGUCAGCCAGAGUGGUGUAGCAGACGGUGUGUGUGUGUGCUCGCGUGUGUUUAUGCAUGUGUGUUGCAAAAGUGUGAGGAAAAGAGACAGUGUGUGAGAGAACCUUUGGCUACUACUAGUGCAUCCUGAGCAAUUUUGGAGUCUCCAAGAAGAAAUAAACCGAUAAUAAUCUCUCGGAGAAGGCUUUAGUCUGAAAAGAGCAACACAAGAUUGGACCUUGAGCAGUGGCAAUCAAGGGGUAGAGUGAGCUGAAAAACCUGAAGAGAGAUUUAAGUGUUUGUGAUAAAGCCUCCCAGUCCAGCACACUCAUGGCUAGCAACAACACUGCCAGCAUCGCCCAGGCACGUAAACUGGUGGAACAGCUCAAGAUGGAAGCUAACAUUGACCGUAUAAAGGUGUCUAAAGCGGCUGCAGACCUGAUGUCAUACUGCGAAGCUCAUGCUAAGGAGGACCCUCUGCUGUCACCUGUGCCUGCUUCUGAGAAUCCCUUUAGGGAGAAGAAGUUCUUCUGUGCCAUCCUGUAAGCAGUGAUGGCUAGCCUUGGGCAUGCCUGCUCCAUCUGGGACUCACACACAUUGAUGUUAAGAACGUAAACCUUUUAGCGAGGGCUGAGGGGCAGGCGUGCGGUGACUCCUCAACCUCUCCUGGUUCUCCAUGCGCCUCGUGCAAAACCCCAGCAUGGAGGGAGAGCCAGAGCUGUGCAUGUUUACAAGAGAAAGCACAGCCAACACGAGCAACUGGCAUUACAGCAGCUCAAGCUGGAUAUGAUGUGUAAAUUGCAGUAUUAAUGCGGUAUUUUGUGGUCCCUAUGAGGUAUUCAAAUGUUUUGUUUGAUUAAGUUGAUCAUGAUUUUGAAGCUGAUCACUGAGCAAAGAACCAUGAAUUGUCAUGGAAAUGUUCUGAUUUCUUCUUUGUUUGCUCUAUUUCAAUAAUCAUUGAUUUCUCUUAAAUGAAUUUGGUAUAUAUGACUUAGGUAGCUUUCUAUGUAUGUACUUUUUUUAAUUUAAUAUUAAUAGAUAGGUGGAAGCAUUUUUUAUGAAAGAUUUGCACACAUACAAAUAUUCCUAACAGAUGUGUAUCUUUAUGAAACUGAUUACGACAUUUGAAUAUGUAUAGCAGGCAAUUUAAUUUUUUUUGUCUUCUUCCAAAAGAUAGGUCUUUUUACUAUUUGUAAAAAUCAGCUGUGUUGUGUUGUAUGGUUUGAAUGUCUGUAGUGAUUCCAAUAAUAACUGCAUGGAAACUUAAAAAUUGGCCCAGGAUUUUUUUUGUCUUUUUUUUUAACUGCUCAAACCACAAUCAGGAAUUUGUAAAUUCAGUUCUGAUCAUGAAAAUCUAUGAUAUUUUAGUGUGAAUAGUUAAGCAUUUAUACUUAAAUUUGUAGCUACAGUACUUCAAGUAAAAUUAAAUCCACAUCUCCCUUUAACUGUCUCCCCUUAUAGCAGGGAGAGAGUGAUAUUUACAACUUUGUUGUUUAUGGGCAUGUUCAAGACGUAAUGAUUUACAAUUACAACAAUGAAGAUCAUGGACAUGAUCAUGGUACUGAAAGCUGAAGUGCUGCCCAAUUAAAUGCCAUAAAAUAAUUUGAUAUCUAAAAAAAAAGUUAGGAGCUACAGUACUGGGCAAAAGUCUUAGACAUCCUUUUUUAUACAUAAUUUGCUAUAGAUUUCUAUUUUAUGACUUCUACAUGAUCAAGUCAGUACAAAAACAUUUUAGAAUUCCAAAAAUUCAUUUUCCAGCACAAAAUUAAAUGUUACAGAAAACAUAAUGAAGGCUGCUGGGUUUUGCUGCAAAAUUAAGAAGCAAGUGUGACAAAGUGCCCAGAAGCAGUGUGGCUGGUUCUGUAAGAUGCUCAGUAAAACCUACAGCUCAUUUCCUUAUCAAACUGCACUCACUGUACCUGAGACUACUAUUGUUUUAAAACAAAGGGUCGUCUCACCAAAUAUUGGCUUUGUUCCAUUUAUUAUGGCUUACUGCUGUUUAUAGUAUUUUUUUUUAUGUCGAAACACUUAAUUCAUUAUUUUUUAAGCCAUUUUUGGUCUACAGCAUUUCUUUACAAGACUUUUGCAUAGUACUGUAUAUGAAUUCAUUAUAGGCAACUCCUCAGUAAGAAUGUGAUCUAGUAUUAGCUAGCUAAGUUCUUGAUGUGGAUUUUAGGCAAGCUACAUUGGUUGUUAGCAACUGUUAAAUCUACUGAAAAAUAGUUAGCAUGCCAACUUCCCCGAUAUGAUACUUGGCAGAUUAGCUGAGAUGAAAUUGGCACAGUAAAGACUGAGCUCCUCUGUCCAAUUAUCACUCUCAUGCAUGUAACCAUGACGAUAUUCUGUUGGCUUGGAUUCAAUAGUAUGGAGCAAAAAAAAAAAAAAGCGUUUAUAAACACUCUUCCAAUUCUGACACAAAGCAACAUUUUAGAAAAUGUUUUGUUUGGCAUAAAAACAAGAUAGCUUAUAACCCAAAAAACACCAUAAUCAGAGUGAAGCAGCUGGGAUAGCUGAGACUGUACGUAGCUCUAGUCAAGAUAGUGGGAAUAAUGGAGAGCCCCAAAUCUAGCACCAACCUCUUUUAGCAGUUUAAUUAAAUCAGCUUUGAAUUAACAUUUCACAAGCACAAUAAAGACACAAAGCACAAAUCCAAGUCAACAAAGGAAUGGCUUCAGAAAAUGCUCAACAUUUUGGCGUGACACAGUCACAGCCCAGAUCUCAAUCCUACUGAAAAUCUGUGAAAUGACCUGAAGAGGGCUGUGUGCAGCAGACCCCUUUGCAAUUUGAUAGAUCUCGAACAUUUUUGCAAGGAAGAGUGGAAUAAAACUGACAACUUGAUGUGCUAUGUUGAUAGAUUCUUGCCCAAUAAAACCGAGUGCUAUAUUAAAAGCAAAAGGUGCUUUAAGAAUGUAUUAGUGGUGUGCAACACUUGUGCAACCAGGUUAUUGUAUGUACUGCUCCCCCACAAAAUUUCUAUUUGUUUUUUCACUUUGUUGGAAUUGAAUUUGGCCGCUACAGUAUAUCACAUUAAAGGUGGAAAUAGUUCUGAAA